UCAAAGGCCUACUGUUGGACCUCUGCUUAUUUUGCAAUACGUCUUUAGUACGGACUGAAAAAUGUCCGAUUUCGAUGAGUUUGAGAAGCAGUUAAGCGAAAAUCGGCAAGGGGAUCGGGAGAAGGAGCGACACAAGAAGCGUAGCCGCAGCCGGUCUCUGAGCCGUGGCGAGAAGCACCGCCGCUGGAGCAAGGACUCCAGGGGGCGGAGUCACGAGAAGCGCAGCAGCAGCCGCGACCGCAAGGGUCGUGACCGACGGAGCAGCUCACGCGAGCACAAGAAGCACAGGACAUACAAGUACUGGGAUGUUCCCCCUCCGGGAUUCGAGCACAUCACCCCCAUGCAGUACAAGGCAAUGCAAGCUGCAGGGCAGAUCCCCACGAUAGCUUUACUGGCAACAUCCACCACCAGCAGCGUGGCAGUGACGCCCACCCAGGUGCCGAUGGUCGGCAGCCAGAUGACCCGGCAGGCCAGGCGGCUUUAUGUCGGCAACAUCCCCUUCGGCCUGACGGAGGAGGCCAUGGCGGAUUUCUUCAAUACCCAGAUGCGAUUGGCUGGCUUAUGUCAAGGUCCCACCAAUCCCGUCCUCGCUGUUCAGAUAAACCAGGACAAGAACUUUGCCUUCCUUGAAUUUCGGUCCGUGGAUGAGACCACGCAGGCAAUGGCCUUCGACGGCAUCAUUUUCCAGGGUCAGUCGUUAAAAAUCAGGCGGCCCCACGACUAUCGCCCCCUGCCUGGCAUCUCAGAGCAGCCCGCCUUCCACGUACCAGGGGUCGUCUCCACCGUGGUUCCAGACUCGCCACACAAGCUCUUUGUCGGAGGCCUGCCCAACUAUCUCAGUGACGAUCAGGUGAAGGAACUCUUGACGUCGUUCGGACCUCUUAAGGCCUUCAACCUUGUGAAGGACAGUGCCACGUCACUGUCUAAGGGUUAUGCUUUCUGUGAAUACGUGGACAUCAGUGCCACUGACCAGGCCGUGGCUGGACUCAAUGGCAUGCAGCUCGGAGACAAGAAGCUCAUCGUCCAGCGGGCAAGCGUGGGGGCUAAGAAUGCCAACGCUACGGCCAUCAUCGAGACGCCGGUGACGCUGCAGGUUCCAGGGCUGCAGCGGCUGCAGAGCUCCGGCAUGCCCACGGAGGUGCUGUGCCUCCUCAACAUGGUCAUGCCCGAGGAGCUGGUGGACGACGAGGACUACGAGGAGAUCCUGGAGGACAUCCGGGAGGAGUGUUGCAAGUACGGCAACGUGCGCUCCAUCGAGAUUCCGCGGCCCGUCGAUGGCGUGGAGGUGCCUGGCUGU